AUGGUACAUUAUUCCAGUUAUCCAACACAAUAUGAUAAUGAUGAUAUUUGUUGGUCUAAAGAACCUCCCAAUUACUUUUUAAGGAUUUAUCCAAAACCAUUAUUCAUUUCAAUUCAUCACUCAAACACAGCAAUAUUUUAUCCUGGGUUUCAAACAAUACAAUAUUAUAAUCCACAAGACUUUGAAUAUUCAAGAGGAAUUGAAUUUGGUAAAUCCACAUUCUUUAUAUUUUAUGAUGUCUCAAGUUCUAAUAGUAAUUUUAAAGAAAAGCGAAAUGGAGUAUCACUUCUUAUUAAUUCUAUCAGUCCACUACAACAAGUUCGUUUAGUUAUUUUUAAUAAUGAAGCCAGAGUAUUACAAGGAUUUAUGGAUAUUACUCAUAGUUCAAUCUAUAGAAUGUCUGAUAAUGUUUGUCAAUUUACUACAUAUGGAGGAACAAAACCAAAGGAACCUUUUUUAUUGAUGAGAGACUAUAUUUUAGAAUAUAAUUUAACAGGAAAUGAUGCACAUAUUAUCUUUAUUAGUGAUAUGAAAGUAUAUCAAUCAAAGAAAACAUUACAUGAAUCUAUUAAAUUAUUAAGAAAUCGAGUGAGACAACAUUUUAAUAGUUUUCAAUUACAUAUGUUAGACUCAUCUGAAGAUAAUAUGGGAAGAAGUGAUUGGAUGAAAGAAUUUGCUUGUGAAUUUGAUGGACAUUAUCUUCAAUAUCGAGGAAAUAAAGAACAAAUAAUUCAGACAAUGCAAAAGUUCAUUCAUAUAUUAAAAUAUAGAAUGAAUGCUCUUCCAGUUGGGACACAAUUUCCAUUUGUAAAAUUAAGAGACGUUGAUUAUGGUACUUUUUAUCCAAGUGGUGUUGCUAUAGUUAAACCAUAUUAUGUAGAUGUUCAUUUAAUUGAUCCUCUCUUUCCUCUACGUCAUGCAUGGACUUUUACAGCUGUAUUUUUACCUGGAGCAAUUCCUCGUUCAUACAUAGGAGAUGGAGAUACUAAUUAUUAUCCAUCUCCUACCAUUGAUAGAGUAAGAAAGUAUGUUUUAGAUACUAAAAUUGGAUAUCAAUGUGAUUCGUUCAAUGAGUUUAAUAGUGAAGAACAAAAAUUAAUUGUUGAUAGUCUUAAUGGAUUUGAUUAUGAUUGGAGAUCAAAAACACAAAUAAGAUUUUGUCCAUAUAACCGUUUGAUUAAUGAAUCAGAUAAAACAAACCAAACUUAUUUUUGUUAUCAAACACCAACAUGUCCUAAUAUUGACUCAUUUUCAAAACAAGAAUAUAAUUUUCAAAUUCAAAAAACUUGUUCAUCUGAAAUGUCAUCAAUGCUUCUUAUGUUGUGUAUUUUAUUCUUUUUUUACUAA